CAGCUGUUUUGCUCCAUGAACCAUGCCGAUGUGGGUACUUUGGAGGACUUGUGUGCACAUGUAGGUGCCAUCAAUAAGGCCUCAGCGGAGCUCUGGCACGAGGCAGCUGGAGAAGUCGAUCUUGAAGGCUUGCGUCGCAUAGCUCAGCAGCUUGUGAAGCUCUCCAAUGAUGGGCCAAAGAAACCUUCGCCACAGGUCCCACCGCCAUCAUGGCUGCAGUUGGCUGUCGCUGUGUUGCUGACCCUCGCGGCAGCUGCUCCAUGGCUGCCGGCAUUGCGGUAUGAUUUUAGCGGUGGAUUCUUCAUGGAUGAUGCCAUGAUAAAGAAGAAUCCCAACGUCUACGAGGAGCUGAAUUGGCAACGGCUUUUCCGGACGGACUAUUGGGGCCUCGACAUGUUUGAGGGUGACUGGACUCACAAGUCCUUCCGGCCGCUGACAGUUCUCACCUUUCGCUGGAACCAUGCUGUGGGUAGCUUUGAAGGCUCUGGCUUCCACAUCGUCAAUGUCCUGUUGAAUUUGGCCUGCUCCAUGCUGCUGGGCCUUUUGGGUCAUGCCCUGGGGCUGUCGCCGGACUUCGCCCUGAUCCUGGCCGCCUUGUUUUUAGCUCACCCGAUUCACACGGAGAGUGUGCUGUACAUCGUGGGUCGUGCGGACCUCCUUUGCCUUCUGCUUUUACUGGUGGCCACUUUGCUCUACACGCCAUGUGCAAAGGAGUUGAAAUCUCAGAGCUACGGAUUGCUUCUACUGCCUUUAUGUGUGCUUUUGAUAGUGGCAGCGGGCCUUUGUAAAGAAACAGGCUUCUGUUUCUUUGGCUUGCUCGCUGGCUGGGAGAUUCUUGCAGGCCUGCUGGAACGACGUUCCUUGAGAAACGCCGCGCGUCUGGCGCGCUUCACGGCAUUGAUGCUUUUGGGAAGCCUGGCCUGCGCUGUGCGGGUCUGGUACACCGGUGGAACCGCCAUUGACAACAUGGACCCGCACAGCAAUCCCAUUGCUGUCCAUGAUGACCGGUGGGUUCGUUUGAAGACCUAUGCUUUGCUUCAUGGGAUCUACAUGAAGUUGUUGAUCUUCCCAAACUUUCUCAGUUAUGACUACUCUUAUGAUGCCAUACCGUUGGUACUGGACGCGGCUGACUGCCGACUGAUGCUGCCGCUUGCCUCCUACCUGGGCUUUUGCAUCCUGCUGGUGCUGUCGCUUUCAGUGUUGAAUCCGAGAAAAGCUGCAUCAGAAGCGCCGAUCAUCGGCAUGGCCAUUCUGCUGUUGAGCUUCGUGCCGAUGUCGAAUGUUCUGUUUCCAGUGGGCACUAUGAUUGGUGAACGCUUGCUGUACAUCCCAUCAGCAGGCCUUCUCCUGACAGUCGUCUCAUUGUUUUUUUCGUGGUGGCGACGUGGUGCUUUUUUGCUCUGGAUCGCAUGUUCUUUGGGAAUUUGGCGCUGUGCUUUGCGUGUGCCAGAGUGGAAGAAUUCCACCAGCAUCACCACUGCCGAUGGCCUGACCCAACGCAAUUCUGCACGCGUGCAGUUCAACUUGGCCAAUGUCUACUUGCAGGCCAAGAAGUACGACCUUGCGUUGGAGACCUACCAGCGUUCCAUCAAUAUUGAUCCCACAGAUCAUGAUGCCUUGCCCCUGUACCAUGCGGGGCAGAUCCUUUUCUUCAAAGGUCAGCAUGAGGAUGCGGCGAGAUAUUUGGAGAAGGCAGUGAAUGGCUUCUUCAGCCCUCUGACCAUUCAGGAGGAAGAGAUUUGGCACGACUACGCGCUUUCAUUGUGGUUUGUCCAAAAGCCGGAAGCCUCGGUUCUCCACUUUCAGAAGGCCCUCGCCAUCAACCCACAGUUCACCAAGGCUAUGAACAACAUGGCCUGUGCUGCGGGCUUGGGCGCCAUUACCGGUGUGUUGCCCAGAGACUACUACCAGCAUGCGAUCAAUGCCUUGGAUCAGGCAGUUCGUCUGGAACCUGGCAAUGUGCUCUACUGGCGAAAUGCCGUUGCACUGAUGUCGGCAGGAGGUGACGAGUCACGUGCAGUUGCCACAUGGCAACAGCUGGUGGCCAUGGAUCCGCAAGGGGCAACGAAUCCGCCUCGAGAUUGCAGCUGGGAGUUUUAUUUCAGAUAGCAGAAAAAA